AUGGCCGACGCCGUUGUGCAACCCUCAGCGGCUCUCAAGACUAUGGAGAGGGAGUACAAGAGCAAAUCUGUCGAAAUGACAAUUCUUUUUGAGAACCUCUUGAAGCUCCUCUCCGAGAAAGAAGCCGAGUGUGAAAACCUCAAGUACGACUUGCAAGAUCAGACCGAGUCGAGACGGCAUUGGCACAAGAGAGCAGCGGAUGCUGAAGGUCGCAUCGCAAGCGUUCAGCACGUCCUUGUCCUCGUCGAUGGAAACCAGACAUUCUUCAAGCCGGAUGUCAUUCGGGCUGGCGCCCGAGGCGUAAGAGGAGCAAUUGAGACACUGGUUGCGGAAGCCAAAGCGUUCGCUCGGGCGCAACACAAGAAUGACCUAUCCGACAACCUUUCAGCAAUAGUACACAUCUUCGUCGAUGUUGGAAGCCUCGCAGAUGACCUCUCAACUGCCAAUUUGUUGCCGGAACCAGACCAGCUGUGGGCUUUCAUCCAAGAUGCGAGCAAACUUGAGCCAGGUAUUACCAUUACAGACUGUGGUUCGGGCCACGACGCUGUGGAUGCAAAGAUGAAGCAUUUCUACGAGCUGUACCUGGAAAAUUGUCACUGCCGCCAUCUUUUCCUCGCACUUGGACGCGAGACCGACUACUAUAACGUCCUGUCCACAUACGCUGACGAUGAGUUCACGAGGUUGAAGACUUCCUUAGUCAAACCGUCUCAAGGAUUGCCCGACAAGUACAACCUUCCCUUUGAUACUGUCGAAUUUUCCUGCUUGGAAAGUGUACGCCGACAGACAAUCUCCUUCGAAGAUACUGUGCCGAAGGUCAAGGGAACGCCGUCAGCCGUCUCACGUUCCGCUUCUGCCCAAGGUCCGUCUAUGCCUCACUUCGAAGGAAAUACUCGGGUUACUCCUCGAGAUUCCCUGAAUGCUAUAUCACCCGCGUUUAUCGCAAGCCCUCCAGCUGGUCCACGAAAUCCCCUGGGCAGGCUUGAUGCUUAUGGUGCAGUGGUGCGCGUAAACGGCACACCUCCUGCCACGUCUGGUCGACCGGCAUCCGGCUACGUACAAUCACCAGCGCCAGGCUCAUCCAGUCCACCAAUCGGACAAGCAGCUCCGUCCCCUUUCAACCCUGGUCCGGCCAGUGCGCUGGUCCAGGGUCCGGAAGAAGCUCUGGCUUUUCGCCAUGCUCCUCCUGCUGUCAUUGCCCAUACUUCUUCUGAACCGGCUACGGUGCAAACCCCUGCACCAGUCUCAGAAGAUGCUUUCAAAGACUACCGCGACGCCAAUAGCAAUGUUGACAAGGUGGAAGACGUGAGUUCUGCCGCAGUCGUCAAGCUUGACAUCUCUUCACAUUCUUCAAGCCAAUCCAAAAAAUCAGCGGAGCAAAGUUGGGAAAGCGCUACAGCCAACGAUUAUGCGCCUGCACCCAACCCGGCUCCAUGGACAGUGGACGAGCCUAUGGCUCAGCCGGCAUCGCACGAGUUUAACGAGCCGCAGACAUACUCGAGGAAGAACAACAAUAACUUCACUCGGCGACACCCUAGAGAAGGGGGUGGCGGCGGCGGCGGUGGUGGUGGCGGAAGGCAAGACCGUUCGAAUGGAGGUCAGCAGUCUGGUAGACGUCUUCCGAGACAAUUCAAGGGAUCAUAUGAUGAUAUGAUGUCUACGCAAGGUUCGUCAGCAUCACCGAGACCAGCAACUACGUCGAUGUCAUCAUCGGCCAUGUCCAAGUCGACUGACUUUGCCAACUCUUUUACACGACAGGACGUAACAAAACCUGAGCCCAACCCUCAGGCACGCCCCGUCUACGCCCCGAUUGCGCUGAACGCACUGAACCAGCGAAUUGAUCUCAAGCUGCCCAGACCAGCCCCAGCUGAUGAGGAAGCUUUCAAACUGCGAACGAAUAACCGACACUUGUGCAAUGAACACCAUAUGCGGGGACAAUGCAGCAAUAUCAAAUGCACCUACGACAACGAAGAAAUAUCGGACGGCGUGUAUUUGGCAUUGAGGAACACAGCUCGCCUAACCCCCUGCAACCAGGGAUCCGGAUGUCGUCAACACGAUUGCUACUUGGGGCACCACUGUCCGAACGUCUCGAGAGUUUCGGCUUGUGGAAGACCAAGCUGUCCUUUCAAGUCCAAGAAUUUGCAUGAUAUUCUGGAUUUGAAGAUCGUAGAAAUGAUUGAGCCGUCGAAGAAGGAAGAACUACCUAUUGAAGAGUUGAUUUGA